ACUUAUCUCGGACUUAACCUAUGUUAACUUUAGUUAUAAGUUCGUGAACUAAUCAAGAGGGCUGUUUGUUUAAUUAAAAGAUAACUGUUUAUUGAUAAAAACCAAAUAGUAUUUACAAUUGUGUAAAUUACAUUUAAAAUUAACUGAUAACAGAGUUGAUUUAAAAGCAUUCUAAAAGGUUAAUUCUGUGUCUGUUCUAGUUGAUUGUGGGCAAAAUCAUUGACAAAAUAAUGAGUGUUCCAAAGUUGAAGUUAAAUAAUGGACUUAAAAUUCCCGUAUUUGGAUUAGGAACCUGGAAAUCCAAACCCGGCGAGGUGGAACAAGCCGUCAAAGACGCAAUCGACCUUGGCUACCGCCACAUCGACUGCGCCUACGUCUACGGAAACGAAAAAGAGGUGGGAAACGCCCUCAAGGCCAAGUUGGACGAGGGCGUGGUGAAACGCGACGACCUCUGGAUCACCAGCAAGCUGUGGAACACCUAUCACAGCCCCGCGUUGGUGGAAAAGGCCAUCAGGCAGACCCUAGCCGAUUUGCAGUUGACUUACUUGGAUUUGUACCUCAUCCACUGGCCUUUGGGGUAUCAGGAGGGAGGGGAGAACUUCCCCUUUGACGCCAACAACAAAAUAAUCUUCAGUGACGUCGAUUACGUUAAUACCUGGAAGGGUAUGGAGGAAGUGUGCAAGAAAGGCCUUACCAAAUCCAUUGGUGUGUCGAACUUCAACAAGAAACAAAUUGAAAGAGUUCUAGCGGUGGCUACUAUAAAACCAGCAAUGAACCAAGUUGAAUGUCACCCAUACCUAAACCAAAGAAAACUGAUCGACUUCUGUAGAUCGAAAGACAUCAGCGUGACUGGUUAUAGCCCAUUGGGCUCCCCUGACAGGCCCUGGGCUAAGCCAGAAGAUCCCCAAUUGUUGGAAGAUCCAAAAUUGAAAGAGUUGGCUCAAAAAUAUGGCAAAACGCCAGCGCAAAUUUUGUUGAGAUACCAAGUUGAAAGAGGUGUAAUAACCAUUCCAAAAUCGGUUACCAAAUCGAGGAUUCAACAGAAUUUCGAAAUAUUUGAUUUCCAUCUUGCACCUGAAGAUAUUAAGUACUUGGACACUUUUGAUUGUAACGGAAGGAUGUGUCCUAUGACUGCGGGAUUGGGCCAUCCACAUCAUCCAUUUGAACAUGAUGAAUUUUAAAUUACAAAGAUAUAAUUUUGUAAGAAAAAAACAUUAUUGCUGCAAAAUGUUGUAAUAAAGUUGUUUAAAAUUAA